AUGCCAGAAACCGGUGUUGGAAAGGCAGAUGUUGGAGGUGGUGUUGAAGGUGAUGAAAGGGAAACUCCGCUCAUCCUUCCUCCCUUACGCACUUCAAAUCUUCGAGUGAUCAUGGAUGCUAGUAGAGUCCCAGACCGUGUCAGAGUUGCAGGUGUUAAUAGUGCUGUGGCAACCUCUGCUUUGUCUUCCGGUCACUACAACUUCAGGGAGAAAGACCUCACAUUGCGGUGUUUUCCUACAAACGGCCUGCGCAUUGUUAAAAUGCAAGGUCUGUCAGGCUUGUCUCGCCGAAAUAUCGAACAACAUGCGACACACGCUAUCAUGGACGAUAUCCUUCGCAAAGAGAUUGCGGCGCCAGAUGAAACCCAGAGGUAUUCCAUAGAUGCUACCUUGGUGGUAUGGGGAAACAAGGUGUGGGUUUCCAAUGCCGGUUUGUGUAUCCCUGAGCAAAUGAAUAUUCUUCUUGCAGUUCUUCAAGUGCUUGGUAUCCUCGAUAUCCAACUGCAAAUGCAGACAACGGUAACCCAGUGGAACGUGCCCAAGCAGGAUGCCCAGGACGACAGGCAAGUGAUGGCCACCAUUCAGCGUGCUAUUGGAGAGAUUCUAGACAGCAACAUCACACCGCAAACAGUCAAGAUUCAUCCAAGACCUUUGCCCAACCUAGUCCCUGGCCCAGAUUUCAAUGCUUCCACACCACCGGCAUUUCAUGAAAGUGAUGUUGCAUAUUUGUACUGGACCAUUUCUGUAGUUGUCUGGGCAUACCUUCGCUCUAGUUUCGUUAUGAGCCACUUCCCAUCCUUGUAUGUUUCUGAUCUUCCGGAUCCACGCAGAGUCAUCUCCCUCGCCCAUAACUAUGUCGCCCGUCGUCGUAAGCCGGAUAUUGCCGUGGUUCAUCACUGCACAGCUUCGUGUGUCUCGGAGUGA